AUGCGUAAACGAAUACGAAAGGGGCUCUUAGCCCUCGUCCUAAUAUCCUUUAUAUUUAAAUUGGAUGCUCAGUCCGAUCUUCCUCACGUUGUUCAACCGUCCCUUAACGGCUCCUCCAGUCCAUUACCACACUCAUUUUCCCGUGAAUUUCUUAAAUUUUUCCGUCUGGAAAAAAGCCCGGCCGACCCAGCCCGGUCCCUGGAAAUCUACUUUCCCUCCGAAUACAGCCAGUUCAAGGAAUUCAUAGCACGGGUGACAGACACCAGCGAAGCUAAGUAAGGGGCUUUUUCAACUGAUUUACGAUUACGAGAAAUGGCGCAAUCGCUAAUUCGUUUUUCCAACUUUUAAAUGAAAAAAAUACCAAAGACAACGGUAUUUCAGGGACGAAUCUCUUCUCGAUGCCAACCGAACAUUUCGAAUCACACCCCAAGAUCCAUCUUUCAUCAGAAUCGACCGGUUAUAUCCGGGUCAUCACUAUUAUGUGGCGAUAUUGGGAAGAGUGGAGGAUAAGUCGAUAUCCAUCAAAGAAGAGACUGUGGUCAUGGACCCAGUUCCCAUUGAAUUCAAUUCUCCAGAGGCUGUAAUUGUGGGGCAUACGAAUAUUACAUUUAGAGGUUUCAAAGCGGAGAAAGCAUUGCAAGAUAAAUUUACUGUAAAGUAUUUCCAAUUGGAUCCUUUGAAGAGAUAUCCGACAUUACAAGUGGACGAUAUUCAGGAUCAGAAGUUUGUGGAAUUAUAUUUGAGUAAUCUGAAUCCGGGAAGAGAUUAUGAUGUGACAGUUUCUGCUAUAAAGGAUCCAUUUACAAGUUCCCCAUGGAGAAAGACAAUAACAACAAGUAAAGGGAGAUCUGGUCGAUCCUAAUCAUGAUUUUAGAACCAUUAGCCCCAGCGAACUUAACAAUAAGUGAUGUGAAUGCAACAUGUAUUCGAGUGAGCUGGCUACUUCCAUCUGAAUCCGGAGCAGAUCAGUUCAACUUGUCAUAUCACAAGUUACAAAGACCAACUGAAAUUAAAAGAGUAAGCAAUUUAGUUUUUUAAAACACCCCCAAUCCUUCAAAUUUAAUUUGGAAUAGAUCAAAAUAUGCCAAAUUUCAUAUCUAGUCAGGCACUCUUAAGAUAUGUUUUGAUUGUAGGUAAACGUGACAUUCGGAUCAGCUCAGAAAGUGGAUCUAUGCGAUUCGAUAGUGGCUGGAGAGAAUUAUGUGUUUACAAUCACGGCUUUGAAGUCAAACCAACGUUCAGAAUCGAGUACAAUUACUCAUACUGUCCGCCCAAUGCCUCCAACUUCCAUUUCCCUUGUACCCGACUUCAAGAUGGGCAAGUUCAAGAUGGUGGUUCAUCUAAAUGAUUCGUCACAAACAAAGACAGACCAGUGUCAGAUCAGGAUCAUCGAUGAUUCUCGACGAAUUGAGCAAGUUCUACCGAUUACUCAGAAUGCAAAUGGGUCAAUGUAGGUUUAAUUACACAUGCCAUUCAAUUUUUAAUGCUUGCUUAAUUAUAAUUUAAUUUUAGGUGUGUGACAUAUUUAGAUCUUGAGCCUGGCAAGAGAUAUGAUUUAUCUGCCGCUGCUUUGAGCGAGAACACCAUCAGCAAGAAGAUCUUAAAAAACACAGCCUUAGAGCCAAGUUUUAGCAAGGAUUCCUUUGGCCUUUCCAUCCAAGUGAGUGCUUGUUGAUCUUGUUGUUGGCCAUUGACCAAGACUCUAAAUCAACAUCGUCUGAUCUGUCUGCCGUUUGAUUAACGACUUCCUGGUGUUUUUAAUUUUUCCCUUCUGUCUUGAUUUCUCCCAAAACUUUUUAAAAAUACCCCGAAUGCUUUUCUUUUAUCCUGCAGGAACAAAAGGGAACACUUGUUUUCACCUGGCCCGGCGAUCUCAAAAACAUCAGCGAGCUGUGGACAAAGACUGUGGGAAAGUCAUCAAAACUGCAUAUUCGUGUGGAUCCGCUGUCAGAGAACAACAAGAAAGAUGGGUCGAGACAAUUUGACACAUCGCCCUUUGACGGCACCAACGAAGUUCAUAUUGAUCAUCUGAGAAGAGGCACUUGUUAUAAAGUACACAUGUAUACAGUUACUAAUUCGGGAAUCGUAUCGCUCAACAAAUUUGAAGAAUUCAUUAGAUUAUCUCCACCAUCAGUCGAUGUGAAGGUGGAUAAAGUGGAUAAGAGAGAGGUUGCCAUCAGAAUUAGUGUGACUUCAUUCAUGAUCGACCCGUUGCAUCCAGUUAUUGGAGAUCUGAGUGAUUGUUUACUUCAUUUACAAGUUGUUGACGAGAAAAAUACGGUGAUCUUGGAGAGAUCUAUUAAUUUUGUUGAUCUGAAUGCUCCAAUCGUCAAGUUAAAUGGACUGUUACCGUAUCAUAAUUACAACGUUAACAGCAUGGUAAGGUUUUCUUCAGAUAAAUUAAAUUUCCAACACAACUACUACUCAUUUGGUUGUAGGUUAUUUGUGGAACCCAGUUCAGUGGAAAAAGCCCCAGUCCAUGUCCAUCCCGCAAUCUGACAAUCCCAGUCCAGUCAUUCCAAACUCAUCAGGAUAUCCCCAACGUUGUGGAAAACUUUACAACUCAAGUGCUGAAUCCUUAUUCGGUUCAAUUAAAAUGGCAACCCCCUGCUGUUUCCAACGGUCCCUUAACUCAUUAUAAUAUCCAUGUGAUCCCAGUCCAACAGCCAGAUCAGAAUUGGACUUUGUCUUUGAAUGCAAAUGGAAGUCACAUUCAGAAUGAACCGAGUGUCAUGAGUACUGUCGUUGUGGAUAAUCUGGUUGGCGGAUUGGAAUACAAAUUCGACGUACAAGCGGUUAAUGAAGCAGGUGUCAGUUCGAGUUUGACAGAAGAUCUACAGCCGGUAGUAAAGAUGCCGAUUCUUGGUAUGUUUGGUGUUGUUCUAUGCAAAUACUGUGACUUUUUUCAGCCCCUCCACGUCCAGCCGUCAGAAUUGAAAUUCUGAAAGAUUCUGUGAGAAGUACGGACUUGGCUAUUAAAUUCAGCAGUGACAACUUCAGCCAGAAACAUGGCCUUCUCAAGAUGGUAGCCGUGAUCGUUGCCCAAGUCGGAUCUGACGGAAGGCCGAAUGAGGUGGGACCCGAAGACACAUGGGCGUUGGAACAUGUUCGGAACAGCUCAAUGACAUGGGGAAGUGCGCAGAACUUCGAGUUCUGGCCUCCAUACGUCGCCCUCAGCAUCGGCCUGACCACGGACACGCACCUCAAACCUCAGGUCUUUGUUCAGGUGGGUCUUUCGGGUAUUCCAUUCAACAUUCCCGGGCUGAUCCUUCCACGAAUUGAUUCUUUCUUUGAGUUGCGGGCUGCAGCGUGACUCUAUGUUCUUCCACAUUCUGUUUACCUUCCAGAAUUAUGUUUACAUUUACUCUUUUUAGGAGAUUGGAAUAGACUCCCAAUGCAUCGAACAACCGGCGGAUAUAAUUUGCAACGGGCCGUUGAAGCCGGGCACCAAUUACCGCAUGAAACUUCGCCUCUUCACCGCCCCUAAUCUGUGGACCGACUCGAUGUACUCUGAUAUCGUAAUUACCGGUGAGUGAGUGUAAAUAUAGGCCGGAUUAGGGUUAAACGCGACCCCGACUCCGCCCACUUCCGGCCCGUUUUUUGGGGGGACUUCCGUGCGGAGAGUGCGAACUAGUUAAGGGAAGACAAGGAGACGAAAACCGAGGAGAAGAGGCCCUAAAAAACCCCUUCAGAUCCCCCUGAAGCGAACGCUUCUUGCUCACGCCCACACACCUACCAGUAGUGGUAUGUUUCUCUAUUUCUCUUGGGCUUGUUUUUAUUUUUGGACUCUCGCAUUCAUCCCCCCUCGCCCGCCUCUUUAAGAGGACCGGAGGGACGGGCGGGGGAUGAAUACUCUUCCAUAAAAAUCAUUGAAUUAAGGAAAAAAUGGAAAGUCAACAAAACCCCAUAAUUCUGGCAGGGGGAGGCAUUGGCUAAAGCCAACACUCUCCGAAACAAGGUGAAUCCCCUCGGAAAUGUAGUGUCGGAGUUUGGAUGUUCCCAUUAAGAUUAGGCCUGUAAUCAGCAAAUCCAUGUAUAGGCAGACUACCGUAUCCCCGCGUAUAAAAGGUCUUAUUUUUGUGGAAAACAAAACUGUCGGGGAUGACACUCGGGGGUGAGUGGGCCCCAUCGAACGUGAAACCCCACGGCUUAAAAGCUACUCAAUUCCGUUCAAUUUAUUUUUUUUUCUCGUUUUAGAGCCCCUUCGCUCGAGUUCGGCCUUCCGAAACGUGUUCGUUGUAUUGGCCGUGUUCAUUGCGGGUGUUGGCCUGAUAUUCGUGCUUCUCACUUAUUACACGCGACGUCAUCGAAGUUCUGUGUCGGGAAAAGGGUAAGCGAAGGAAUAUGUGGCUUCGCAAGUUAUUAAAUUGCCUGUUUUAUCAUGCAUGGGUGUCCUGUUUGUAGGGUGUUUGGACCUUAUCGUACUCUGCCGUGUGCAGUGGGAGAACGUCGUCAUGAUUUUUUUUGUUUUUUCCCCCGAAACUCUUUAUGAAAGCCGUGAAAAACGUCGAUUCAAUUUUGGGUGUUCUGCUUUUUGUCGGCCAUGAGAGGGAGGCCGAAAGGAGGGGGGCUGGGGGUGGGGGAGACCUUCCUCUUGUCCGUAAAGAGAAGAUGAACUUCUUGGCAAUGGUCUCCUAGAGGCUUUUCUUCCACUUUUUCUCAUAAUCUUGAUUUUCCGAGAUUAAUUGUGUACGGUAGUUUUGGUAUUUUAUGCGUCCCCAUUUUUUACAAAUAUUGUACUUUCUGCUAUUUCCGAUUUGUAAUUUGGAUUCGAAAUUACACCGUGUCCUUUCGUCUCGGCCUCCCACUACCAGUCCCCUACUAAUUACUUCCCCUAUGGCAACACGUUAAACUAUUCGGCUUCGAAUCCCUCUCACUAAUCCAUAAAACCGAUUUAAGGAAUCAUUACGGGGAGUUGUCCCGUUACAUUCCCAUUACUCUUUUUAUUACUUUUUUCGGAUUUUUCUUCGUACGUCAGUCCGAUGACUCCAAGGAUUUCCCUUUACGUAAACGCGAUGCAGUUGAAGGCUUUAAACCGCAUGGUUGGUGUCAUAAUCAUCAUGCAACCACGAUUAUCUUAUCUGGACACUAACCCGGUCCCAUUUUCAUUGCGUAUAUUACUCGUUACGUUGUAAUUGGCCCCUUUCUGCAUACGUUUCUUACAACUGAUUGCCUUAUUGAUAAUUAAUAUCUCCGUUUGCAGGGCCAACCUUUACGGCGCCGAGAGUUUUGGGUCCGCAGGGCAGGCAUACUCAUCCAAGGAGAGCCAGUGGACCGCUCUCAAGAUGAUCAUGGCCGAAAGGGCGGCCGAUUGUCUCGCGAAAUUGGGACUUGACACCAAUUCGUCGUCACCUCCAUCCAACAAUUGUGUGAAUAACAACUCCAAUGUCCUGUUCUCUACAAUGUCGCCGAGGACAGGGGUGACCGAAACGAAUGCCGUCCGAAUAAUGCCUUCAGCCCAAGCCAACCCUCUCACAAAGACAGAUUCGAGCAGCACUCUCACAACUCCCAACACCUUCAAUGCUCACCAUCGACGAUCACGGAGCCUUCGAGAGAGAACUGGAGUUGACCAAAAACUGGAACGGCUCCCAAGCGGACCCCCUCCCGGCUCCAAACCCAACUCGGUCCUGUGGACUGUUAUGAAGGGAGCAGACACUACAAAGUCCCGACCAAUCAGGAUACAGGACUUCCCCGAUCACGUGAAACUCCUAUCAGCGGACAGUGAUUAUCUCUACAGUGUUGAAUACGAGGAACUGCGGUUCGUGGGAACGGGACAGUCAUGCAUCGCGGCUGAUCUCGGUCAAAACAGGGCGAAGAAUCGCUUUACAAACAUUCUACCGUACGAUCAUUCCCGAGUAAAGAUAAUAUCUUGUGAUGAGGAAGAUGGAGCGGAUUAUGUGAAUGCGUCAUAUAUUCCCGGAUUCAACUCUCGACGUGAGUUUAUCGCUGCUCAAGGGCCUUUACCGAGCACUCGGGAUCAUUUCUGGAAGAUUGUUUGGGAGCAGAAUUGCCCUGCGAUUGUUGCACUUACGAAAUGCGUGGAAAAAGGAAGGGAUAAAUGUCAUCAAUAUUGGCCGGACGUGAACCAGAGAUCUGUCAUUUAUGCGGAUGUAGAAGUUACGUUAGUCAACGAAUCGGUGGAAUACGACGAAUAUAUAAUUAGGGAACUUAGAAUGACACACCUCUCUGAGUUUGGACAUCCCAGUCGAACGUUGUUUCAUCUCCAUUACAUGGCUUGGCCGGACUUCGGAGCCCCUGAAAAUCCGGCUGGUAUUAUAAAUUUCCUAAGACAAUUCAGGAACAAAGUCCCUCCCAGCAGUCAUAACCGGCCGUCAGUCAUCCAUUGCAGGUAUGUUUUUUAUUUUUUCUAUUACUAAAUUCUAUUGAAUAAGAAUAAAGUUUGUGAUUUCAGUGCUGGUGUCGGUAGAAGUGGGACAUUCGUUGCAUUGGACAGACUGAUUCAGAAUAUCGAGGUCGGAAAACCCUUGGAUGUAUUCGGAACGGUGUUCGAAAUGAGGAUGCAGAGAUGUCACAUGGUUCAGAAUGAGGUAAGACCAUUUCCUUUUAUAGUUACCAUAAGAGGUCUUAUCUUGACGACCUUCUCUUUCAGCAACAAUACAUCUUCAUCCACCAAGCCCUCUUGUACGUCCUUCAAACUUUCUACCCUCAUCUUUUGAAUCAGUCUUCCACUUGGACCUCUGAAGCCGUAUCUACACCUUCUUUCUGGACCCCUCCAAUCAUCACUCAUCCCUCGACCAGAUGGGGAGGCGAUCAUCAGAAUAGUGCUUUCAUGGAGGACGACGAAGGCAUCGCGGAGUCAGGGCUCUAG